AUGUCACUGCAGCUAGAACAAUCUUCAAAAAUAUCAUUCACCCAAACAACGAAUUCAAACUCUUAUGGAAAACCAAUUGAUAUUGUGGAUCUUCUAAAACGGGCUGAAAUAAAACAAAUCAAUGGAAUAACGUCAUCCAAACGUAAUGUACAAUCAGAUGAUCAUUCUCAUAAAAAUGUAAUUGGCGAGUUGUUUCAGAAUACCAAUCGCACUGAAUCUUCAAUACAUACAUCAAUACCCUCUGUUACGCCUGUACCACCAAAUCAAUCCCUUGAUGGAAAAUUACUUUUGGAUUUACUUCGUCAGCCAGCAAAUAAUUCAUCAACAGGAAUAGCCUCAAAUCCUUAUAUCUCAUCAACACCUUUACCACAGCCAAUAUCAUUAACAGGGGAUGCUACUUCUCAUGAUCAUUACAUGAAGAACACAGGUCCGUCAUUUGUCAAGACAUCGAUGCCUACGUUGCUAACAAAUACAUCAAAUCAUGUGCCUACUACAUCGACGACUCUGUUUGGAGAAAACAAUCAAGGUUUACAACGAUCACAGGUUCUCGAUGCUUCCAUUGCUUCUCUUUCUGGAUUUCUGGAUAGAAAUGAUCAACGUGGAAAUCGUAUGCAAAAGAUAAUGAGCAAGCCUGAAUUUACUCAAAGAUAUUUAUAUUUAAUUCAGGUGUGA